AGGCUGCCCUUCCUGCUCCUCCAGCGCUUGAGCAAGAGCAGCCGUACAUCUGAGCCACGAUGGGCAAGAUGGACAACACCUCCGUGGAGCUGAGCUCUCCCACUGAGGUGAAGCAGGCAGCCCUGGAAGAGUCAGAGCCCAUCACCCCCGAGGCUGUGGUCACCAAGAAGAAGGAGAUCCCAGACAGAGGCUCCUGGAAGGGGAGAUUUGACUUCUUGCUGUCCUGUGUGGGCUAUGCCAUCGGGCUGGGCAACGUCUGGCGCUUCCCGUACCUCUGCGGCAAGAAUGGAGGAGGGGCCUUCCUCAUCCCCUAUUUCCUGACGCUGGUGUUUGCUGGGAUUCCUCUCUUCCUGCUGGAAACCGCUCUGGGCCAGUACACCUCUGUCGGCGGCCUGGGAGUCUGGAAAUUAGCACCCAUGUUUAAAGGAGUGGGGCUGGCAGCCGUGGUUCUCUCCUUCUGGCUGAACAUCUACUACAUCGUCAUCAUCGCCUGGGCUCUCUACUAUCUCUUCAACUCUUUCACCGCGGACCUGCCGUGGCAGAGCUGUGGGAACGCCUGGAACACCGACCGCUGCUUCUCCAACUACUCCCUGGAAGAUACCACCAACCUCACCAGCGCCGUCACCGAGUUCUGGGAGAGGAACAUGCACCAGAUGUCUGGGGGCUUGGGGGAGCCCGGCAGUGUCCGCUGGCCCCUGGCCGGCACGCUGGCCCUGGCCUGGCUGCUGGUCUACUUCUCCAUCUGGAAGGGCGUGGAGUGGACGGGCAAGGUGGUGUAUUUCUCGGCCACCUAUCCCUAUUUCAUGCUCUUCAUCCUCUUCUUCCGGGGAGUCACGCUGCCGGGAGCCAAGGAGGGGAUCCUCUUCUACCUCACGCCCGACUUCAGAAGGCUCUCCGACUCCGAGGUCUGGAUGGAUGCGGCCACGCAGAUCUUCUUCUCUUAUGGCCUGGGGCUGGGAUCCCUGAUUGCUCUGGGGAGCUACAACACUUUCCACAACAAUGUCUACAGAGACUCCAUUAUUGUCUGCUGUGUAAACUCCACGACAAGUGUAUUUGCCGGGUUUGUUAUUUUCUCUAUUGUUGGCUUCAUGUCGCACAUCACGAAGAAGUCAAUCUCAGAGCUGGCCUCCUCAGGCCCUGGACUGGCUUUCCUCGCCUACCCGCAGGUUGUCACGCAGCUGCCCCUGUCCCCGCUCUGGUCGAUCCUCUUCUUCUCCAUGCUGAUGAUGUUGGGUCUGGAUAGUCAGUUCUGCACUGUGGAAGGGUUCAUUACAGCGCUGAUGGAUGAGUAUCCUCAUCUCCUGAGAGCCAGGAAGAAGGUCUUCAUCGCAGUAGUCUGUUUCAUCUCUUAUCUCAUUGGAUUCUCCAACAUCACCCAGGGUGGCAUUUAUGUCUUCAAGCUGUUUGACUACUACUCAGCCAGUGGCAUGUGUCUUCUCUUUCUUGUCUUCUUUGAGACCAUCUCGAUUUCUUGGUGUUAUGGUGUGAACAGAUUUUACAGAAACAUUGAAGAAAUGAUUGGCUACAAACCUUGCAUCUGGUGGAAGAUCUGCUGGGCCUUCUUCACUCCUCUUGUCUGCCUGGGCGUGUUCUUCUUCAGCGUGGUAGAAAUGACCCCCCUGACACUGGGAAAAUAUGUCUAUCCUGCGUGGGGACAAGGCAUCGGUUGGCUUAUGGCUCUGUCCUCCAUGGUACUGAUUCCAGGAUACAUGCUGUACUGUUUCUUCACCUCAACGGGGACUCUCCGGCAGCGUUUGCAGCAGAUGACACAACCCAAGCCAGAGGUGCACGCUCAGAACAAUGGCCUCCAGCUGAAGACGUCCUUGAACGGGAGGGUCUUGGAUGCCCCCGUCUAGGAGGAGAGCUCGGACCUCCUCACCCUGCCCUGUAGCUGCUCGUGCCAUAUUGUCCCUCGAGCUCCUCCGGCACAGCUCGCUGUCCCCGGCUCCGUGGUGGCUUUUGCUUGUCGAAAAGAGGACCUGGCGGAGGAACACUCUCGCAUCUCUUCCUCCCGUCCUGGCUUACCAAGGCCCUGCACGAGCUGCCGCCAGGGGGUUGUGUGGUGACCGUCUUCAUCCUGCAACAUCCUGGUCCAGGCUCUCAGGCAGGAGCGGCCAGUGCCCAGGUCUUCCUUCUCCUGACAAGAGGUGAUGUUUCUAGAGAGCUUAGACUGAUGGCUGACCACUUCUCUGUUCUUCUUCUUGCCUUGCCAUGUGAACCUCUGCAGAGCAUCCCAUAGCACACAGCUGUGCUGUCACCCCGGAGAGCCAGCUGGCACCAGGUUCAAUCCCAGAUUGUUGUUGACUGAUCUUGCAUAAUCCAACACCAGCAAAUGUAUAACUGGAGGGGAUGUGGCAGAACAAGGGAUUCCAGUGAGGAGUCCAGCAUGCUGGUAGCUGUAGGACAUCACCCCAAAACUAGAAAAGGGCUUCAGGACAGUGAGUGCUGCUCACGGGUGCCAUGUUUCAGCCCUGCGCAAUCUCCAGCCAUUAUCACCACAUCCAUCGGGGCUGCCACAGUGAGGUAGAGCCUAGCAGAGUAGGCAGCCUUUUUCUUCUGGAGCGUCCUGCCCUCACCAGCUGUGUGCAGUAGCCAUUCCCUGACCCUAAAAUGCAUUUAAGAGGGCUUUUUGCUGGAGGCUGGAGUUUUUGCUGGAGGCUGUCCUGGUCUCCUAUACUGACCGUGCUCUGCUGCAGUCGGCUUUGUGCAGAGGCAAGAGGUCUCCCAUGUGACAGGGAGACUUUCCAGCACUGUGCAAAUCUCCCCCCAACUGGAACAGGGUAGUUCCUGCCAAACACCCUCCCUGGGUGGGAAGCAGUAAGAUGCAGCAUAGUGCCCACGGGUGGUUUAGCUUAUACCUUUUUCAGGAAGUGGCAACAUCUAAAUCCCAGCUGGUGGAAAGCAGGAGCUCCUGAGGGAGCUGGUAGGACGUAGACACCAUGCUUAAGCCCACCGCUGUGAACCAGUGCUGACUUCCCUUGGGAAGUGCCUGUACAGCCAGCUGCUGGCGCCGGCACAUCGCGACUCCCAGCAGCACACGCAUCACAGGCGGCCGUGAGCUGUUGUAGAAGAUGCCGGAGAAGGCUGGGAAGUGUCUCAGAGCAGUCCUAAAGCAGCAGCACAUUUCUUGGCUAGAAAGCCUUGAGAAAGGAGGUGGCUCAUCAUAGCACCAUGUGCAGGUGUGACAGUGAUGCUCCCGUUUGUGACAGCCUCCCAGUGACCCCACAAGGAGACACCUGUGUACUCAGAGCAUUUGAUGAGCACCCGUCAUACGUGUGCACACAUGGAGUGGCUCAGUGCCAAUUAGUCUUUCCCCUCCCGUGACACCCUGACAGCAUCACCACAUCUGCUCGCACCUCCAGGUUCAGCUCAGAAUCAGUAAAUUCACACAGGAGUGUCCAAGAAAAGGUAUGUCCCAGUCACACUUCCUACCAAAGGGUCUGGUCUUGUAGGUGACAUGCUGAAGUCCCCCAGGGGUCCCACCCCAGGUGCCAGCUGAGUGAUGAGCCUUCAAGCAAUUGCCCCGCACUCCCACAGGAGCCGCAAAAUCACAGAAUCACAGAAUGGUAGGGAUUGGAAGGGACCUCUGAAGAUCAUCUAGUCCAACCCCUCUG